AAGAGCGGGCAGGCCCCAUUCAGUCAGCGAGCGUGCAGCGGCCCGCCACUACGUACCGGCGCGGUAUUUCCUCCACACUCGAACAUAACUAUCACACAAGUUUAUUUUCAUUCGAGUAACGGGACGUUUCAUUAGCAUCAUCGAAACACAAUCAAGAUUCUUUAUGUAACAAGCUGCUCAUCGCUUUGUUUUGGUGUUACGUGGUUCGAUUCCUAAUUGCAUCAAAAUGUUAAUAGGCGUUCUAUCCGCACUGAUAAUGGCGUCAUCAGCCGCCGGGCAGUGUUUCUCCAGCAACGACACUUCAGGCAAGAAGGCGCUACCCGAAGCUCGAACCUCCUUGUACCGAGGACAGCUGGAGUUCACUUUAAACGUGUUCAAUGCCAUCAAUAAGGCUGUACCAGAAGACAACAUCUUCUUCUCUCCGUUCUCCGUGUAUCAGUCGCUGUUGUUGGCGUACUUCUCCGCUGGAGGCAGCACUGUCGAGUCUUUAAGGGAAGCGUUGGUGAUUGAUGAGAAGUUGGACAAGGCAAGCCUGAUGUCGGCCUACAAGUCGGACAAGUGGUCGCGAGCCAACAACAACAACAGCGACAGCUACGAGUUCUCCAGUGCCAACAAGCUGUUCGUGGAGGAUUCACUGGACUUGGCGCCGUGUACCAAAGAGUUCUUUAAUGAAGAGAUGGAGCCACUGGAUUUCCAAAACGCACCGACGGAAGCCCGCGAGCACAUCAACCAAUGGGUGGCGAGAGUCACCAAGGACAACAUUAAGAGUCUGAUUCCCGAGGACGGGAUUGGUCAGUCCACCAAGCUGGUGCUGGCCAAUGCUGCGUACUUCAAGGGUGUCUGGGCGUCCAAGUUCCCGGCUGAGAGGACCAAGAAGGAUGUCUUCUACGUGUCUGAGACCCGUCAAACUUUGGUGCCGUUUAUGAAGCAGAAGGGGUCUUUCCAUUACACCGUGAACGAAGACCUCGGCGCGCAGAUUCUGGAGCUGCCCUACAAGGGCAACGACAUCAGCAUGUACAUUUUCCUGCCGCCCUACUCCAUGAAGGAAGGAGUGACGAACAUCAUAGCGAACCUGACGCCGGAGCGGCUGGCGGCCGUGGUGGAGGAGUCCUACAUGAGCCGCGAGGUGCUCGUCGAGAUACCCAAGUUCACCAUCGAGAGGGAACUGCCGCUGAGAGGAGUGCUAGAGUCUAUUGGUGCCGGGGACCUGUUCGACGGGAAGGCGAACUUCUCCUCGCUGACCAGCCAGCGGGACGUCGUGUUCGACGACGCCAUCCACAAGGCCAAGAUCACACUCGACGAGGAAGGCACUACAGCGGCGGCGGCGACGGCGAUAUUCGGCUUCCGGUCGUCGCGGCCCGUGGAGCCGGCGCGCUUCGUGGCCAACUUCCCCUUCGUCUACAUUCUCUAUGAACGACCCACCAACUCUGUCUUGUUUAUGGGCAUUUACCGUGACCCCAAGAAGUAGAUGUUAUAGUUUAGUUAAGAUAAUAAGGUAGUAAAGCAAUAGUUAUUGUAUUUAUGUUGAAAUUUGGAAUAAAUAUUUUAUUUUUUUACCUAAUUUAAUAAAUACUGUAGGUAUACUGUACGUUUCUUAUAUAAAACGUAAAAGACCAAUACUUACUUCCAAACCGUCCAAACGUUGUUUUCCAAGCCGCACCUAAUUCAUAAAUGAGAUCGUUACAAUUAUUAUCAAAAAGUGAAUGUUAUUUAUUCACUUAUUCAAACAAACAUUCCUUUUUCAAUUAGCUAAUAAGUUAGGUAUUUUUAUUUUGUAUGUAAUAAGAUUUCUGAAAUACAAAUUAUACCAAAUUUAAA